CUCGUGCAGUGGUGGUGGUGAUGGUAGGUCAACUUGGUAAUUUAACUUGGUGUUGACAGAGUGUUAAAUGAUACGAGCAUUUAAUUAUUGUCGCUUUAACUAUUGUAUCAUUGUAUCAUUAUUAUUGUAUCAUUAUAAUGACUAACCGCAAUAUAAGAGAGCAUUUAACUGAAUUUGCAUAUGAAAACUAUGUAUAGUAAUCCACUAUAUACUUGGUAAUAAGUUAGGGAGUGAAUUUUGACAGAAUUUCCUUAACUGGAAUCCUGAAUAUUUCGCUAUUUCUGGAUUUCCACCUUAUUAAAAAUACGUCUAGUUGGAGUUGUUGCGUCAUAAAAAAUAUAUUUUAAAAUUAUAAUGGAGCAAUUCAUUUAAGAAUGAAGAAACUUAUUCAAUUUAAGUAUCGUUAUUGUAUAAAAUUGAACCUGGUUUAUCCACAAAGUUAAAUAAAUCAAUAGAUUAAAUACGUUACAUUCCGUGUAAUGGAAUUCUUAAGGAAUAACCGACUCGAGAUCAAAAUGAUCGUUUCAAGCAGGACGGCAUCUUGCAUUGUGGGAAUUGCAGAUUUGAUAUUCAUUGCCGGUUUCGUCGCCAUCCACACGAUCGAAAUUAUCCAUUGUCGGGAAGUGCCUGCACUUUUGAUCGCAUUCUUAACCAUGGCCGGCCCAAUUAAUCUCAUUCUUGCACUAAUUCUCUUACUCGGGACGAAACAAAAAAAUCUCCAAAAAUGUCAACUCUACACGAUCGCCUGGGUCCUGGCGUGGCUAGCCCUGUUAAUCCUAGAGAUUAUCUUUCUCGCCAAGUAUCUCCCCUUGUCAACCUACUUGGCAAAAAUUUCUCCCUUCAAGUCCCUCUUUUUCGCCCAGAUUGUCGCCUACCCUGUUUUCCUCCUUUACAAACCAGUCUCACUCCUCUUCAUAUACAAAUUCAUCAUGGACAUUAUUCGACAGAGGAGGGAACAUCAGGGGAGGAAAAAUUCCAGCGUUCUGUCAAGAACAAGCUCCUUUCGCGGAUCCGCACCACGUCAUUACAACAAUGGAAAAUCGUCCAACUUCAUGAUGACGCCACAACAAACUCAGCACUCUCAAAGUAAUUUAAAUACGACCACGAUUCCACGUUAUAUGCAUUCUCCAAGCCCAAACCUGGUCCCGUUCGGAUAUGGAACAACUUUGAGGGGGCGGCGAGAAUCCGAAAUUUACGAAAGGGUCCAAGGCGUCGAUGAUCUCCUCCACCAGAUCGAAUUCCCACAAGAGAACCACGUAUCGUCCGAUCAGUUUCAAAUUGGCGAGACUUUGUUAAAAAUGGAGCACGAUUUCUUCGUAAAAAAGGGGACUCUGACAAAAGAGUGGACUUCCAGUGAGAGUGGUUCCUUCGGUCGGCCACGCCACACUUCACCAGACGCCAUGUUACAAAGGGUCACCGUUGCAAUUAAGAUAUUUCGGCAGAAUGUAGACGUCGAGGCGGUAAGGAGGAUGCUGCUCGAGACCAAGAUUCUCACCAUGUUUAUCAAUCAUAACAAUGUCAUCAAGUUAUUGGGAUUUUGUACGGAAAACGUUCACAAAGGAAAAAUGACUCUCAUCCUCGAAUAUUGUGAAAGAGGAACGUUGGAAGAUUUCCUGAAAGAAAAUUACUCCGAAUUUCAAGAUUUAAUUGUAAACGAUAAAUUUUGCCUGAAAAACAAAGCCAUCGUAGAGAAUCUCAACAAUUCUUCAUCUCAGGAAAAUAUUUACGAAAAUAUUAUGGCCUCCAUCAUCUCACCGGGACAACAACCCCCCUCCACUCAGCAGGAAGAGGGAGGCUUAUUCGUCUUCAACUCAAAAACUUUGGUCAAUUGGUCCUUCCAAAUUGCAAACGGGAUGGAAUUCAUUAACGCGAAUGGGGUCAUUCACGGAAAUCUCAUGGCUAAAAACUGCAUCGUGGAUGACCAAAACCGCAUCAAAAUCGGGAACUUUACCUUCGCGACGCAACUCUACCACUUCAAACAGACCCAGAAACCCAUCGACUUUUGUAAAAUCCAACUUCCUUGGAGGUGGAUGGCCAUCGAAUGCAUGAACACGGACCCCCCGAGCGAUUUAGCAUUCACGGAAAAGUCGGACAUGUGGGCGUAUGGGGUCAUCCUCUGGGAACUGUUUAGUGUAGGAUGCGUCCCUUAUGAGGGUUUGGUCACGAGUGAUUUCUUCCCAAAGCUGGUGGCCGGAGAGAGGUUGGAGAAACCACCGUUUGCCACUUCGGAAGUGUAUGCAAUUAUGACAAAGUGUUGGAACCAAGUGGCACAAAAAAGGCCAAAUUUUACCGAUAUUAAGACCAUUUUUGCAGAUAUUUUGCAAAGUUUGACAUAAAUAAAUAUUUACAUGUUGAAAAUUAAAAA